UUGCAUUGCAGCACCUACCUUUCUUAUUUUCUUCAUUUAAUUCGGGGUCAUGAUGGGAGAUAGGCAAGAUUUGUACCAAAUUUUCUACUUCUUUCUACAGUUUGUUGUGGUUCACCAUCUCCCUUUUCUCUCUCUUUACUUUUCUUUUCUUUCCCCUUACUGUUUCUGAGAAUCACAUUAGACCUCCACAAAAUUGGAAACUCAACUUUUUUUUGUUAAUUUUGUCCAUUUUUUCAAGUUAUAGCACUGAUAUUGAUGACCUUGUGUAGUGAUACAUACGUUACAGGGAUAAACAACAAUGAGUAUCAAAUAACAAGAGGAACAGAACUGAACCGCAUUGCAAGAGUGGACAACAACUGCAGCUAUGUGAAGGCUGACUUCAUGAAUAUGCCAUUUUCUGACAACAGUUUUGAUGCAAUAUUUGCAAUAGAAGCUACCUGUCAUGCACCAGAUGUGGUGGAUUGCUACAAAGAGAUUUUUAGAGUGUUGAAGCCUGGCCAAUGUUUUACUGCUUAUGAGUGGUGCAUCACUGAUUCUUUUGAUCCCAACAAUAAAGAGCACCAGAGAAUCAAGGUUCUACUGAUUCAACAUGCCUUUUGA